AUGCCCAACACAGGCAGACCUAGCCGGGAUUGUCACCUGUGCCGCCAGCGGCGAGUCAAGUGCGACCUUGCCCGUCCCGCCUGUCAGAGAUGCAUCAAAUACGGCGCCCAGUGCCCCGGAUAUCGGGAUCAACAGGAGCUGGUCUUCCGCAACGCCGAUCCUACGGUUGUCAAGAAGCGCAAGAAGCGUGCGCCCCUGCCGCAGUCCCCUAGCAGCCAGUCAUCGUCGUCUUCCUCUUCGUCUUCGUCAUCCGAUGGAGGAGUGCUCACGACGCCGAGCCUCUCCCCGAACGGAGACUUUGUCUUCACCUCCUCAACAGACCUCGUCUUGGUUAAUGGCGCAAACUACAAUGCGCGACCUCCGCUCCUCCGGCCGGUGUAUGAACACUGGACGUCCCACUCCAUUCCCAUCAUCCUUGAUGUCUACUCUAAUCUUGAUUUCAUCAAGGACAUGUAUCGCGACUACACAGAUGACGGGCCCCUCAUCUGGGCUGCCCAUCUCUUUUCUCGCACGUACGUGACUAAUAUGCAGUACUCGACGGCUUUGAGCAGGAGCUCCGAUGAUGAGACGCAGCGCGAGCUGGGUGGUUACCUAGGCAAGACCCUGAAUUUAGUCAGCGAGGCGCUCAAGACGCCUGAAGGUGCUCAACGAGACGAUAUUCUCGCCACGGUAUGGAUUCUUACAAAUUACGAGUUGCUCAUUGGCUCCCUUUCUCGCACUGAAGUCCUCAGCCCAUGGCAUUUACACGCUCGUGGGUUAUACAGCAUCCUCAAGGCAAGGGGCUGCGCCCCUCUACUCAAACCUGAGGGUCGCAAAUCCUUCUGGCCAGCCUAUAGCAUGGUGCAAAUUCAAGCUCUCAUUACCAAUACAGAGUGUCCUCCGGAAUCCGGGGAAUGGCUCGAAACAAUAGACCGGUUACUACCGCUACAUCCGGGCGAGGGCCUAGGGCUGGCCAUCUCCUAUUUCAUCAUCAAGAUUUGUAGCGUUCAGGCUCGUAUCUUCAAUCUCCUCCGACGUCGUGACUUUCCAGGGGCAUCCAGAGAUUAUCCCGAUCUCUUUGCUCAGAUGAAGGCUGCCGAACAAGAAUUUGAAGACUGGAUUGAAAAGAACUAUGUCGGGACUCACAUUUUGGAGAUUUAUGCAAUGAGCCUGUAUCAUUCUGCCAUCGUCAAAGGGUACCAUGUUAUGCGGCUCCUCAUCAAUUUUCUUACACAUUACCCCCCGUGCCCGAUUCCUCUCGAGCAGCUCAACGAGGAUCGAGAAUACAGCGUCAAAACGGCCCAGAAUGCGGCGCAAGGGAUUUUAGAGAGCGUCCCACGUGUACUCGGACCCCUCUCUAGUAGUAGAGACAAGUCUCCUAAAACGGUGUUUGAUGCCCUGCGAGUCAUAUGGCCACUUAUUUCCGUGUAUGUAAUGGAUAUUUGCCGACCGGAACAGCGACUCGCUGCGGAGGGCCUUCUCUUCUAUAUUGGUCGAGAAUUAGGAGUGCGACAGGCAUUGAACACGUAUCCGGACACGUUGACUCUGCCACCAGAGGCAAAAGAGCCGCUGGGAGUAUGA